AUGUCGUCGCAACGUGAGGCGAUUGAGGAAUCAUCCAUCAAUAACGAUCCACAGCCUAGGAAAGCGACCAUCAAAGUGGAAGUCGAAACACUCUCGAAGCCAAAAAUAAAACUCAUUGUCACGAAGAAACACAGGUUUGGCAGGGACAUUAGUGACAUACUUCUGAACACAAACGCUACCCCGAUACGAUGCAAAGGGGGCAAGGGAUAUGCUUGUUGCUUCUGCACAAACCAGUUCCAGGACCCCAAGGAUUUAAAAGAUCACACAAUCUACAAACACGACGAUAAAACAAAAUCGGAAUUCAUGAAAGGCGUCAGCUUACACAACUUCUUUGUCAAACUGGACAUAACUGAUCUGAAAUGCUCGUGUGGAUCACUUUUGCAGAAUAUAGAAGACUUGGUGCAGCAUUUAGAAGCGAAACACGGCAAGGAACUCAAUUCCAACUUCAUGAAAUACGUCGUGCCUUUCAAAUUUGAUGACGGAUUGAAAUGUGCUAAAUGUAAGCUGGAGUUUAAUAAUUUCAAGCUUCUAAUGGAACACAUGAAUGUACAUUACAAGAAUCAUGUCUGCGAUGUUUGCGGCGCUGGAUUUGUGAAUAAAAAGACCUAUACAGCACAUUGUUAUAGGCACCAGACGGGGACUUUCCCUUGCGAGUUGUGUCCUAAGAUAUUUGACACGAGAGUGAAGCAGAUGGAACAUGAAAGGGCUAUCCAUGUAAAAGGGAAUAAAAGGAACAAGUGUGGAUACUGCGGGGAUAUGUUUAAUGAUUAUACGAAGAAGAAUGAUCAUGAAGUGAAGGUCCACGGCGCUAAGCCUAUAGUGCUAGCUUGCCAAGCAUGUGAUAAAGUGUUUGACAACCAGAGAUCUCUGACCGUUCACACAAAAACUUACCAUUUGAUGCAAAAAAGUGACAAAAAAUACAAAAAGAAUGCAAAGAAAUAA